AUGACGCAAGUGACUUUUGACUUGCCUGCCGGGGAAGAUGCCAUCUAUGAGCAGAUUGAACUCACGGAGACUCCUCUCAAGGAGAACGUCAAGAUCGGUGGUGAAGAAAUCAGUGGUGGCGAGAGCGAAGUCAGCGUUGUCGAUGUUGUGAUCAGAACUGGAGCCGAUGCGGCAGAGCAUUUGCUCCCACUGCGUGAUGACUUUGAUCCUGCGGUGACUUUCCGCAGCAUCCUCCUGGCGACGGUUGUUUCUGGGUUUCAAGCCGUGAUGAACCAGAUUUACAGCGUCAGUCUAAACCUUCCGCUUGUUUACGCAUGCUUGCUAGCGGGUACUGACCUCCUUCAACAGUUCAAGCCAACCUCCAUCGAUGUCUCGGGAACGUUCAUCGUCCUCAUCUCGUACUUCGUGGGUAGUGCGUGGGCCAAAUUCCUUCCCCGGGGUGAGAAAUUCGAGGCUCGUUGGCGGGACACGCAUGGCCCGGGUAAGCUUCCUUGGUGGAUUGUGGCCCUUAAAUUCCUCAACAAUGGUCCAUGGGGUCUGAAGGAGCAUUCAAUCUGUGCUAUUACGGCUACGUCGGCGUCCCACGCCGCAGUGACGUCUACUGUCUUUGCGGCUCAAAAUCUCUUCUACGAUAUGCCUUUGAGCGCUGUGACAGUCAUUCUAAGCACUAUCUCGAUUGGUUUGUUCGGUUAUGGUCUCUGUGGCAUCAUGCGACCAAUUGCAGUCUGGCACGUCGAGUCCGUCUACUGGAGUACCUUGCCCACAGUGAAAACCCUCCAAGGUCUUCAUUGGCAAGACGUGAAGAACUCGAAGCCACUACGAUACUUCUGGUAUGCCUUCACUGGCAUGAGUAUCUAUGAGUUUUUGCCCGCCUAUAUCUUUCCAUGGCUCAAUUCGGUUUCGAUUCCGUGCCUUGCUGCCCAGAAAGCGACAGGUAGCAUGGCCGCUGUGCUGACGAAUCUCUUCGGUGGUGCUACGAACAAUGAAGGUCUUGGACUAUUCUCGCUGUGCUUUGACUGGCAAUAUAUCACGAGUAGUCAGACAGCACUCCCUCUCAAGCUCCAAGUCCACCAAGCUGCCGGGAUUUUCACCUGUUUCAUUAUCAUGCUUGCCAUUUACUAUGGAAAUGGCUGGGGGGCGAAGUCGCAGCCGUUCAUGUCGACUGUUUUCCACACAGCGGACGGAAAGCGAUAUCCCACAAGCAAAGUUUUCCCAGGAGGUGUACUCAGCGAGUCUGCUCUAGCAAAGUACGGUUUACCCGAACUCACUGGAACCUUUGCAUUCGCAAUGUUCAUGGCUAAUGCUGCGAUUGGUGCUUUAAUUGCGCAUUGCAUCCUAUUCUGGGGCAAGGAAAUCAAGCAUGCAUACAAGAGUGCAAAACAGGGUCGAUAUGACGAUCGGCACCAUCAGCACAUGGCGGCAAACUAUAAUGAAACUCCAUGGUGGUGGUACGUCUUGGUGCUCCUCGUCAGCUUUGUCCUCGGCCUUGUUGUGGUCCUCAGGGAGAACAUCACCCUUCCCGCUUGGGCGUAUGUUGUCGCUCUGAUAGUGGGGAGUAUCGUAUCGCCCUUUAGCACUAUCCUUUACGCCCGCUAUGGCAGUGGCAUUGCCACCAACAAUUUGUCCAAGAUGAUUGCCGGUCUCACCGUACCAGGACGUCCAGUUGGGAACAUGUAUUUUGCCUCGUGGUCGCACAAUGUGAUCGCAAACGCGGUCAAUCUUUCCAACGAUCUGAAGAUGGGAGAAUAUCUCAAAAUUCCCCCUCGAGUCAUGUUCCUCACUCAAAUCUAUGGCACAGUUCUCGGUGGCUUCAUCAACUAUGCCGUGAUGAUCUCGAUCGUUGCCGGUAACCGCGCUCUACUUGCGAAAGGCAACGGCAAUGCAUCCUGGAGUGGUGUAACUUUGCAAGCGUACAACACUAACGCGGCAUCGUGUGCACUGGCACCUUACCUCUACCAAAUCGGUUCGAAGUAUGAGCUGGUGCCUCUGGGUUUGCUAGUCGGUGCAGGUAUUGUCGCUAUCCAUCGCAUUCUCUACCAGUUCAUUCCAAAGAUCGGCCGACUCGAUAUCUCUGAGAUCAACAUGGCGCAGUUCAUUCAAUACGCGGGCUUUAUCCCAUACAACCAGACCCAGACCUGCGUCAUCUUCAGCUGGAUUCUGGGCGGAUUCUAUGUCCAGUGGUAUCUGCGGAACUAUCACCCACGAAUCUUCAAGGAAUACUCAUACCUCGUCACGGGGGCCUUUGACGGUGCUUGUCUGAUGGUCCUUUUCAUACUUUCCUUUGCUGUCUUUGGGGCUGGCGGAUCGUCCCACCCGUUCCCUACGUGGUGGGGAAAUAACAGUGAUGGAAACUACGACUGGUGCCCCGUGGCCGAGAAGUGA